AUGGCCUUUGCAGCCUCCCUGACCGACCUCCAAGCAGAAGCUAGCUGUCCUAUCUGCUUGGAUUACCUGAAAGACCCAGUGACCAUUUCCUGUGGCCACAAUUUCUGUUUUCCUUGUAUCCAGCAGUGCUGGGAGGGUCUAGAGGACAUCUUCCCCUGCCCCAAAUGCCUCCAACACUGCCUUGACAAGAACUACAGAAAAAAUCAUCAACUGUCUCAUAUGCUUGAUACUAUUAAACAACUUCUCACCACAAGGAGCAACAGCAUCCAGAGGAAAGAGAAACCUCUGUGUGAUAAGCACAAUCUUCAGCUGGACCUCUUCUGUGAAAAGGACCUGGAGCUGUUGUGUCCCCGGUGCAGGAUGUCCUCUCAACACCUGGAUCAUCACCUGAUGCCCAUUGACCAAGCUGCAUCGAGACACAGGAGGAAGCUCAAAGGCUACAUGAAGCCUCUGAGGGAGCAAGUUGAACUUGCUGAAAAGGGGUCAGAAACACAGGAUUUAAAGUACAUUGAGUUGUUGAUGAAGAUGGAAAAUAAGAAAAGUGAUUUGAACUUUGACUUUGAGCAAGUUAAGAUGUUUUUGCAUGAGGAACAUGAUGCCAAUGUUUUUAAUUUAAUGAUGGAAGAGAAGGACAUUAUGGAAAAACUAAUUGAAAACAAAACCUUACUUUUAGAUCACAUUUCCACUCUAAAAAAUCUGCUAUGUGAAAUUACAGAAAAGUGUGUACAGCCAGAUCUGGAGUUAUUGACAGAUGUUGACAGCAUCUAUAACAGGUACGAGAACUUAAAGACACCAGCAGUAUUUUCAUAUGAGUUUACAGAGGACAGAUGGGAUCUACCUAUACAACACUUUAACCUAGAACAAAUGAUCAGAGUAUUUCAAGUAGACUUGACACUUGAUCCUGAAACAGCUCACACCAAUCUCAUCAUAUCAGAAGAUAGAAAAAGCGUGAGAUAUGGAAAGAUGCAAACAAACUUAUCUUUCAAUCCCAGAAGAUUCACUGGUUAUCCCGCUGUCCUGAGCUCUGAAGGAUUUGAUGCCGGAAGGCAUUUCUGGCAGGUUGAAGUAAGAGGCACAAGUCAUUGGGCCAUAGGAGUGUGUAAUCAUUCCUUUCCCCUAAAUGCAACUACAUUGGCAUCAACAAAUGGUGGAUGCUGGCAAAUUCAGCAGUGGAGUAACACAGACGGCCCAUAUGAGAGUGUACAAAUUGUGCAGAUUGGUGUAUUUCUGGAUUAUGAGUUGGGAGAGAUUUCAUUUUAUAAUAUGACGACUAGAUCUCAUAUUUAUACAUUCAAUGACACCUUUACAGAAAAGCUUUAUCCUUAUUUCUGCACAGGACGGACUUCAAACAGUCUUACCAUUUGUAAAGUCAAAGAUGAGUGA